AUGUAUGAUGGUUAUGACUCGGCGGACGACUACUCGAACUCGGGCGACGUCGACUAUGACAUGACUGAUGCCAGUUUUGCUGAGGAGGAUAUGGAUGCCGAUGAUCUAGAUAUCAUUUCGGAUGAUGGGCUUUAUCUGGAGCAAUCGGUGACAGAUAUCCGCAAGAAGCCGUACGAAGUGGAAUUCAAGUGUCUCUCGCUCAAGGAUAUUGCGGCGGCACAAAACAAAGAGAUCGAGCAUAUCUCGGGCAUGUUUAUGAUCCCUCCUGGCGAUGCAGCCGUUCUGCUGCGCCAUUUCCAAUGGAAUAAAGAAAAACUUAUUGAAAGAUACGUGGAUGACCCUGAACAUGCCAUGAUGGAAGCGGGUGUGUCAGACAACCCAUCUUGUCCACGUAUGGCCGAUAUGGCAGACUUUGUGUGUGAUAUCUGUUUAAUGUCGGCAGAAGACUAUGGUGGACAGAUUUCUACAACUUCAUUACCCUGUGGACAUCGCUAUUGCACAGCAUGUUAUACCCAGUAUGCCCGGCAGAAAGUGAAGGAGGAAGGUGAGAGUCGCCGCAUUCAGUGCAUGAAUGAGGGAUGCAAACUGAUUAUUGAUGAAGAUACCAUGUCUAAACUUCUAUCUCCUGACGAUUUCGAGCGGUACCGACUACUGUUGGAUCGUACCUAUGUGGACGACAACAACGGUUUGCGGUGGUGUCCUGCCCCUGGAUGUGAGCUAGCGGUGGAGUGCGCUGUGACAAAGAAGCAGCUCAAUACAGUGGUUCCGUCUGUCCAAUGUGACUGUGGCCACUGGUUCUGUUUUGGGUGUGGGCUGGCGGCUCAUCAACCUGUCAUCUGCUCUAUUGUGCGGUUAUGGCUCAAAAAAUGUGAAGACGACAGUGAAACAGCCAACUGGAUCAGUGCCAAUACCAAAGAAUGCCCCAAAUGUGUAUCCACUAUUGAGAAGAAUGGUGGCUGCAAUCAUAUGACGUGCCGAAAGUGUAAAUAUGAAUUCUGCUGGAUCUGUUCAGGCCCAUGGACGGAGCACGGUAACAACUGGUACCAAUGCAACAGAUAUGAUGAGAAAUCGGGUGCCGACGCACGGGAUGCGCAGGCCAAGAGUCGCGCCUCCUUGGAACGGUACUUGCACUACUUUAACCGGUAUGCAAACCAUGAACAGUCUGCGCGUCUGGAUCAGCAGCUGUACCGACGGAUUGAGAAGAAAAUGGAGGAGCUCCAGCAUACGUCUGAUCUCACGUGGAUUGAGGUGCAGUUCCUCAAAAAGGCUGCUGAUACGUUGACGGAGUGCCGUAUGACGUUGAAGUGGACCUAUUGUAUGGUAUACUAUUUGGAACGAAACAAUAUGACCGAGCUCUUCGAGGAUAACCAGCGGGAUCUGGAACGAGCAGUAGAAGAGCUCUCUGGACAGCUCGAGUCACCUAUUGAACGAGAGACUAUUCCGGCGAUGCGGCAAAAGGUGACAGAUUCCUAUGUGCAAAAGCGCCGAGAGAUUUUGUUGACAGACACGGUUGCUGGCUACCAGGAAGACCGGUGGCGCUGGAAUGUCCCUGUGUAG